AUGGAGGAGCAUACAAAGGCAAUUGCUGAUCUGACCGCAGCAAUCGCGACCCUCACCGCCAAAAUCAAAGACAUCCACCCCGUCGUCCACGACCUGCAAGGGUGGCGCCCCUUGAUCGAGCAGUCCGUGGAGGAGAUCCGAUCGGAGGUGGUUCGUGGUGACAAUAGUCACGGGCCCGAUGGCCAUGGUGUGCUCACUGAUCUUCGGGGGAAAUCGUCAGGGGAGAUCCGCACCCCUCGAUUACCUCCGGCCACUGGUACGUCCGAUCUCUAUGGCGAGCAAUCCUUUGCUGGGGACCGGGGUUACCUUCGCAUGCCACCGCCACCACGUUUCGAUUUUCCCUUGUUCGAUGGGACUAACCCCAGAGCCUGGCGCCUCAAAUGCGAGGCGUAUUUUCCGGUGUGCACGCUUAGUCCAGACACUUGGGUUAGUUGUGCUGCCAUGUACUUCACAUAUGGAGCUCUUACCUGGUUGCAAUCGUCACAAGCACAUUUGCACUAUCAGGAGUGGGGAGAGUUUGCUGCUGCCAUACGUACUCAGUUUGGUAGAGAGGAAUUACAAAAUCUCCUUAGGCAGUUUAACAGGUUAAAGCAGACAGGCACCGUCGCCGAAUAUGCUGAGAAAUUUACUCAAAUUAUGCAUAACCUGUUAGCUCACCACACCUCCUGGGACCCUGCAUUUUUGUUACUCGGAAGAGGUGGUGGACACGUUUCGGCAAGACGAACGAUGGCCGUCGACGCCUUUCUCCACUGCAAUGGGGGGACGGACAAUUCCUCGCACGGCGCUGCCGCUGCCGGCCCCGCCAACAAAGACCAGUAG